AUGAAAGUCCAAAGGAGACAGCUAGCACGAUUUCAUAUCGAAGAACAUAGUCAAACCAGUCAUCCAUUGCACCUGUCCAUCAGCGAAAAGGAUGCAGAAAAUCUAGGUGUAUCAACAAAAGAAGACUCACAAUUAUGUUUCCUGUCUGUAUGUUGCAAGAGAUCAUCUGAUCUCGACUUCACUUUCAACAGUUCUUUUCCAGUCACUCCAUCCUCAGGAGGGCAGAUCAGUGUCAGUACCUCCCCCAGUGGCAGCCUCCCCUUCCCACCUUCUUGUUCCUGUGACCUCCACAUAGAGUCUACAAAUGUAUGUUGUGAUCAGGAAUGGCUGGAUAUUGCUGCAUGCGUUUGGAUUAGAAAAGAGAAGGGUGAUAUUGUUGACAGAAAGUUGAAGCCUGAGUAUAGUGACUUUAUAGUUUUAACUGGAACUGCAGAUUUUUUAGCACAUUACCAAAUUGCUGCUGAAGAUGAUUUAUACAUCAGGCAAGUUAAAAUAUACCCUAUCCAGAAACUGGUUAUUGGUGUGUCAAAUUUCAAUGCAUACCGCUGGUUGCAGAGAGUUAACUUUUGUACAGGACUAUUGGUGGAAGUGUGUUUACACCCCAUACUGGUCAGGGAGAAUGACAUCUUCCUGGCUCCAUACUCAAAACUCUUUCUUAGUGACACAGAAUUUGAUCCUUCAUUCUAUUUUGACAUGCAAGUGUUAGAGUGCUGUCCUCUAAGGGUUGGUAGAAUCACUGUGAAUACAGAGAUAAUAAUCUCAUUCAUUGACCAAGAUGUCAACAGGAGGAGCACUGAGUUUCAGUUGGACAGUCCAACAAAGGCCAUGGCUUCUAAGAGUGUUGACCAGUACCUAAUAUCAGAUUUCUGUCAACCAAUGCGACCAGAUUCGCUGACACUCAAUGCCAAAACUAUUGGUGUCCAGAAAUCCUCUACUCAACCACUGUACAUAUCCUUUAACUACCAAGUAGUACAGCAACACAUCCUUUGGAAGAGACUUUUAAUCAAACCACAACAAGAAGUGACUUUUGAUCCUUUAUACUACAUAGGUAUGACCAAACAAACAAUGUUACAGCAUGGAUUUUUUGAGGAAAGCCUUGUUCGUGUAUCACUAGACGAUACAACUCAGCCGUUUACCGUGCCAUUUAGACUUGGUCUGGUCAAGUGUAUAACAGAGUCUCUAGAAAAUACCAACAAAGUGUUCAUUUCACCUUUGAUGUUGUUCAACCUGCAAAUGACUUGUGCCAAACCACACGGCAUAAUUGGACCCAUUAGGAUUGAGAAAUACCACUCUGACCAGGAUGAGCAUGAAGUUGACUCGGGAACAACAAGUUCGUCAUGGAGCAGUAAAAUUCCAUUAGCCAGAGAAAUACAGAUUUCCAUAGUGAUCAGUCCAUACUACAGUCCCAGAGCCAUUCACACCGAGGCCAUUAAAGCCUACUUCAAUGUCCCAAGGCUGAUGACCAAAGGUGACAUUAUACCUAUUAGGAGUACAGAUGAUCCAGAAUUCAGUAGCAUGGAUUUGGACUCAGACAAGCGGAACCCUGUGGUUUUCUUCAAGGUUGUAAAGAUAGAUGGCCCUGAUGUCUCCCUGCCAUGUUACAUCUGUGAUAGCAGUUCCACUAGACUGAUACAGGUGGGGUCUGUACACAGUUAUAUUCCUGUGACUGCCACCUCCUACCUAUCCAGGAAUCCCCUUACUUACUGGGAACAGACGUACCUGUUUGGCCUCAAUAAAUAUGCUGACCGCAUGGAGGAGCUCAUCAGACCCUUGCUUCACAACAGCAUUUCAAGCCCUCAUCUUAAAGAUGUCUUGCGAUCUUUAAUGUUAAUUGGUCCAUCAGGGUGUGGGAAGACCACCAUGGCAACUGCAGUUGCUAGACGACUGAACCUUCAUAUGUUUAAGGUAAAUUGUCACAGAUUAUAUGGGGAGUCUGCUAGAGUGAUGGAAGCACGGAUCAAAGAUGUCUUCAAUGCAGCCAGUAACUUCUCACCCUGUAUUAUGUACCUACACAGUAUACAUGCCCUGGGCAAGGACAAAGAGAGGAACACAGAUGAUCCACGAGUGGCCAGUAGUUUUCAGCUUUGUUUGCGCCAACAAAGGAGAGAGCUGUUGGAAUACCCUGUCAUUGUGAUUGGCUCCACACAUUCACCAAAUAUGCUUGCUGCAGAUGUGAGAGACUCGUUUCUCCAUGAAAUACAAAUAGAGGCACCAAAUGAGGAAGAACGAUCAGAGAUAUUGGAUGGACUGCUGCAGAAUGUGAACUAUUCUGGGGAUCUCUCGGGCCAGUACCUGGCUCAGAGAACAGCUGGAUUUGUACUUGGAGAUAUGGCUGCACUGAUAUCCCAUGCCAAACAAGAUGCCUAUGAGAAAGUUUGUAACCUGUGUGGUGAUGGGCGCCGCCUGCUAUCAUAUGAAGAAGAGGAAGAUUUAUCUAUGGCAGGUGUGGUGGUACAACAGGAAAAUUUUGUGUCUGCCCUAGACAAACUUCAGGCAGCUCACUCUGACACCAUUGGUGCACCAAAGAUUCCAAAUGUAACCUGGUCCGAUGUUGGAGGCCUGAGUGAUGUCAAAUCUGAAAUCCUAGAUACUGUUCAGCUUCCACUACAGUAUCCAGAACUGCUUGCUGCAGGACUUCGACGAUCAGGUGUGUUAUUAUAUGGCCCACCAGGGACAGGAAAGACAUUACUUGCCAAAGCUGUGGCUACAGAGUGUUCCCUCAACUUCCUCAGCGUUAAGGGACCAGAAUUAAUCAACAUGUAUGUGGGUCAGAGUGAACAGAACGUCCGAGAAGUGUUUCAUCGUGCUAGGAGUGCCACACCAUGUGUUAUAUUCUUUGAUGAGUUGGACUCUCUUGCGCCGAACCGAGGGAAGAGUGGUGAUUCUGGAGGAGUUAUGGACAGGGUUGUGUCUCAGCUGCUGGCCGAGUUGGAUGGUCUUCACAAGUCAUGUGAUGUGUUUGUAAUUGGAGCAACUAACAGGCCAGAUUUAUUAGACCCAGCACUACUUCGGCCUGGCAGGUUUGACAAACUGCUGUACCUUGGUGUCAGUGAUGACAAAGACUCACAACUCCGAGUGAUUAAGGCCCUGACCAGGAAAUUUAAGCUUGAAACAGACUGUGAUCUUUCUGCUGUGGUAGCUGAAUGUCCCAAAAAUUUAACCGGUGCUGACUUUUAUGCCUUGAGUUCUGAUGCUAUGCUGAAUGCCAUUAAAAGGCGGAUACAGAAGCUGGAAGCAGGUGAGACUACAGAUCAGAAAAAUGUGAUGGUUUCCAAGCAAGACUUCCUGGAGGCUCUUUCAGCUCUAACUCCAUCCCUGUCAGAACAGGAAUUGGACCACUACAAAAAGUUACAGCAGGAGUUUAACAAGCAGUGAUGAGUUAGACUACAAACAGUUACAGUAGGAGUUUAACAAGCCGUGAUGAGUAAGACUACAAACAGUUACAGCAGGAGUUUAACAAGCCGUGAUGAGUUAGACUACAAACAGUUACAGUAGGAGUUUAACAAGCCGUGAUGAGUAAGACUACAAAAAGUUACAGCAGGAGUUUAACAAGCAGUGAUGAGUUAGACUACAAACAGUUACAGCAGGAGUUUAACAAGCCGUGAUGAGUUAGACUACAAACAGUUACAGCAGGAGUUUAACAAGCAGUGAUGAGUUAGGCUACGAACAGUUACAGCAGGAGUUUAACAAGCUGUGAUGAGUUAGACUACAAACAGUUACAGCAGGAGUUUAACAAGCCAUGAUGAGUUAGGCUACAAACAGUCACAGCAGGAGUUUAACAAGCCGUGAUGAGUUAGACUAUAAACAGUUAGUUACAGUGAGUAGCUGGACCACUACAGACACUUACAGCGAGGAGCUGGACCACCUCAGGCAGUUACAGCAAAUAACUGGAUCACUAAAGACAGUUGUUUGCAGUUGUUAUAUAGAAGUUUAACAAUGAGAGAUGGGCCACAUGUUAACCAGGAAAAUAUGUAAUGUUAGAGGGAGCUGACUAGUUUCAGGUAGUGAGAAUAAUGUCAUAUCUAAAUAUCUCGGAAAUCCAAAGGCUACACUUUCUAUCAGUUAUCCCAUCUUCAUAAAAGCCUGGAAUUUCAAAGAUGAAACCUGAUAGAGGGAGAGUUAGUUCACUAACAGUGAGCUUGGGAAUUUAUAAUAUAAUAACAUGAGUUGGAUACAGUGAGUGUUAGCUCACUAACAGUAAGAAAGUUAUGAUGUAAUAGAGUGAGUUGGAUAGUGUGAGAGUUUGAUGAGAAAAUUAUGAUGUAAUAACAUGAGCCAGAUAGUGAGAGUUAGCUCACUAACAGUGAGGAAGUUAUGAUGCAAUGACAUGAGCCAGAUACAGUGAGAGUCACAGACAAUUUCAGCAGUAGUUUGAUAGACCAAUAUACAACUCAGAAUUUUAAUUGGUUAUUAUUUGGAGUUUCCUUACAGCUAUUGAGAGUUAUAGUAAGGGUAGUUUGUUAGGUAGUCAUAGAAGGUAAAUACAGAAAUGUAUUUACUGCCGACAUUUUCAGUAGGAGAACUGCCUUGCUGUAGUGUUGAUGUGACAGAACUUUACUGCAUACUGUAUGAUACAUUUAUCUACAAAGCUCUGUCAUUUAAAACGAUAAUAAAUGUCAUAACCAGAAACUUUAAAGCCUAUCUUUAAAUUUCUUACACCUUUGCUGUCCUGAGAGACUGCAAAAUGGAAGAAAACCAACAUUCCUGUUGUUUCAAAUGAGGGUAAUCUUCUUGGAUGGGUACCUUGUGAUAUUCAAUAGCAAUCCUUCCUAUGUAGUGAACAUAAUAUUUGGAAGUAAAGGCUACUCAGCAUUCAAGAUGGUGAUCUUGAUUGUGUUUAGAUGUUGUUGACAUCUUUCGACCCCUGGAUAUGUGGCUGUCAUCAGGACCACAUCCUGAUGAUGUCUAACUAGAGGUCGAAACGUACACAUCAUUUAGGCCACAAUAAAGAAGACAGCCAAUCUUUGGAUGCUGAGAAGCCUUGGUUUCCAAAUAUUACUUUUUCUGUCUUAUAUAGAAAUUUUAAUUUACAUUUAAACUUAGCUAAGUUACUGACAGCGUGCACGUGAUACUUUAGAUGGAGCAGUCAUUUUUACCAUGAACUACUGCUAUUUCUAUGGCUACAAUGAUUUAGUCAUUAACCCUUGAUGGCAUUUACAGUCCUUUUAAAUCAUAUACCAGAUAUCUUAUGUUGUGGAAUUGUCACGUGGAAUGUACAUGUAAGUAUGUAGAUACUGAUGUGUGAAAACCGUACUUAGUCUAUGAUACUUAUUUACUGCUAUUUAGCUGUAGUUGGAACUAAUCAGCACAAAAUUUAAAUGCUACAAAAUGUCGUUUUAACAAUUCUUUAAUGUAAACUUUAUUUACUUUAAAGCAAUUUGUGAAACAAGUUAUAUUUACUUCUUUUGAUUGCUCUUAUUGGCCCGAAUGGAAGUGCAAAACAAGUGUUAUUGUGGGGGAACUAGAGUACCCAGAAAAAAUCCAUAAAUCCCAUACCUAUUCUUGAUCUCAUCGAAAUGGAGAAUCAAACCCCUGUCCCAAAGAUAUUUAACAAACUACCAAUGAUUACCUAAUAACAGUGUAGGACGAAUUAAAAAAAAAUGCACUGUUGACACUGUACUACAGGUAUGCAUUUAUACAGUAAUGUGUCAAAUAUCAGCAUGUUCUGUGGAAUUGAUCAAAUAUUACCAUUUUUUAGGAAAGUACAUUACUCAGAUUUUAAGUUCCAGGAAAACUUUUGAUUUUAUUAAACUUUUUAAUAUGAAAAUAUGUCUAGGGUAGAUGCUAUGCUUGAUUUGUUGUCAUUUGAGGUGAAGUUUACUGUGUAAACCGGGGUGAUAUUUCUUGUAUGUUUGUGGUUUAUUUUGGCUUUACAUGAUUGAACUUAGAUCAGUUAAAACCAGACACCAUUUUAAGAUUGGCAAUAGAAGACUGAUCGAGUUGUUGUCACCUUUGUCUAUAGGCUUGGAUUAUGUGCCAACCAUUCUCAGAUUAAAAAGUAAAUUUUUCUUGUAUGUUAUUCAUUGUCAUAAUCAAUAGUCGUUUUUAAGACUGUGAAAAUAUUAAUUAUUGUUCUAAAUUUCAUAUUCCUGAAGAACUAUGAUUUAAAUGUUAAUGGCUUAUUAUUACUGACGGGUAAUUAAUUAUGCAUUGUUAAUUAUUUUGUGCAUCAUUAAUCAUUUUGUACAAUUAUUGUUGAUAUAUUUUCAAAUUCUAUUUAUUUCAGAUUCCAAUUGUUGUGUAUCUUUAUUUAUUUUUGUAUUUCUUACUCAAAGUAUAACGUUGCCUGUUUCACAACUUCUGUUCCCAGAACUAUCCAGUAUAAGACAUUGUGUGAGACUGACGGGUACUAUAUUUAGUAUAUAUUACAGACUGUUUGAUUUGUUGUUUAUUUAACAGACAUCUAAUGUCACAAAUAAUCUGUAGUACUAUAUCAGUACUAUAAAAUCAUUCUCGUGUACUCACUGUGUGAAUUUUAAUGUUGUGAUAUGUACAGUAUGUUUUGUACUGUUAUCUCGACUCAUGUAAAACAUGUUUACGCUUGAGAUGCUCAAAUACUACCAGGUUAGUAAGUUAGUCUUAAAAUGUAGUGAAGCUUGACAACCUGACUCUAGAUGUAAAUUUAGUACUACAUGUAUAUGUAUAGAUCAUUCUUUUUUUCAUCGUCGGAAACCCAAGGUUGAUUGCACUAUGCUACGCUACACUUAUCGUCCAUCGUCGGAAACCCACAGGAAUAAUGUUGAUAUUUUCUCUUAUUUUUGUCUUUUGUUGAAUAUGAUGUGUAUUCACUUGUAUGACAGAAUUCAUGUAUACCGAUCUAUCAAUAUUCUGUCAUACUCCUGAAAUAUAUGUUAUAUUCAACAGGAAACCAGUCAAUAUCCUCUACAUUAAACUACUAAAUUCCACAAAACUGAGAUCUCACACUGACUUCGGGUUAUUCAAGAUUUUUACAGGAUCAGGACCUGGUGUAUCAAAUUCUAAAAAUUCCGUUCUGAAUAAUGAAAUAUGCUCACUACCAACUUAUGUGCACAUUCAUCAGGAAACUUUAUUGUUUCUCCAGCAAUGAAGUUGCAUAGCAGGACUAUGGUGUUACUUUUGUGGUGAUGACGUGUUGUCAUCAACAUUUCACCAUCAUGUUUUGCUUUAAAUCUGUCGCUUAAAAAGGAAAAGUCCAACUUUAACAAAACUUGAUUGACUGAAAAUUAGGGAUGCUUGGAAUCUGGACUUUAAGGUUUUGUGUUUAGCUCAGUUUCUCAAAAAAUAUCAAUAUCAUUUCAACCAAACUUAAAAUAUAUUUGCAUUGUAGUAUGGGCUUCUUUAAUUGAUUUACAAGUUUACAGCCCAAUUUGAAUAAAUUCUAUAAUAUAAUCAGAUGCAUUUUCUUACUUUUUAGAAAUAGAAACUUUUAGGGUAAAAAUGUCAUAUUGAUUUCAAUUUUGAGAAUUAGUGAUUUUGUGAAAUAUGAUAUUUGUAAUACAGUUGAUCAAUAUUCAUAUAUACAUGACUAUAAAUUAUACAAGGUGCAUGCUUUCAUACUAUCAAGUGGAGAUUUUUUGGUUGUUUUGGGAAAAAAAUACAGACUUAUUAUACUGACAAAGUGGGACAGGCAAGGCAUUUAAUUACAUGUAAUUCUAGUGUAUUUAUUCAUUUGAUCAAAUGACAAUAAUACCUAUGUGGCUCUUUUUUCAGCCAAGGUAUUGUGUAAUCAUUAAACGUUGACAUCAAGUCAAUAUAUGUAAAACAUCCCCAGGUAAAAAGCAUUGAAAAAUCAGGACAAUAGAAACAUAUAAAUGUUUGGUUGGCCAGCACUCGACAAGCCUCGUGCUGACUGCAUGGCCAGACUCUUACACUUGGGUUGAGAUAUCCUUGUUCAUGGAACAGACUCAUGUUAGAUUCUAUUAAUCUCAACCUGAGUGUAAGAGUUUGGCUGGUCAAAGUGCUGGCCAGCCAAAUUCUUAUGUGAGGGUUGAGAUAUCCAUGUCCACAGCCAGGCCCAUAUUUGAUUAUUUUUCUUACAUACUUGAAACAAGUAACAGAUUCUAAGGUGCUGUGUCAUUAUCAAUGCUCGAUGGAAUGUGUACCGAAAUGAUGACAUUAUCAAUUUACAUGGUGGUUACUAAACAAAAAAUGAUGACAUUACCCUAUUGUGAGUGGCAUCACAGUGGGUGCCAGCUGCCUUUCCCUACCCCACGAGAUUGAUCCAUCCCUAACAAUCAUGGGAUCACUGUGAAGUAUGUAAGAAAAAACCUUUAAAUUGGCUUUUAUAUUUUUGGACCUGAUGCAUUUUGAAAAAUGUUAACUGUGACCCACUGUAUGUUAACUGUAUGAGACAAGGAUUGCAUAUUUGACCUGUUUUCCUUGUAACAUGACCUUUUGAGUAGUACUGCAUUUGCAGAACUGCUGAUUUUUAAAAAGUCAAUUUGGAAUUACUUCGACUUGGUGAGCUAUGUUGUCUUCUGACAAUUCUUGUAUUCUGAUGAAUGUCACCUAUGUUUAUACAUCACGUAAGAAUUAAUAAUUACUAAAUAUAUUACUAAAUCCAUUAGUAUAGGGACAUCUGCCCAGUCAGUACUGUAUUUACAUAUUUGUCCUCAUUAAUGGUCUAUAUUGAUUCAGUUGUCCAAAAACUCUGUUUUCAUAUAUAUUGUCACUUGCACUAGGUCAAUAUUGGAAAGUACAAUUUUGCCAUAAUUGCUAUAUACAGACAUUUUUUAUGCAUUUCAUAAAAUUUCACACACAAUAACAUUUUUUUUUACAAUUUAUCUUUAUUUUCAAGUCUGUUUCACAUUCUGAGGCCGAUAACAUAUCCAUUUAUGAUUUAAUAUUUGUAACCUUUCUAAGAUCACAAUUACAAUAAAAAAUAGGUAUACUUAUAUUGAUUACUUAAAAUUGCAAAAGUUUUUUUUUACUUGAUCAUGAAUUAUGAUUUACUAGAUGUUGAUGAGGUACACUAUGAGUUGUGCGAGAUAAUGUUUUGUGCCAUAAUACCCUACAUGCUAUUAACUACAAACAGAAGUAUUGUGCCUUUGGUGUCAAAUAAAAGAAAAUCAAACAAG